AUGUUUUUUUCCCACAGAUAUGCUUUCCUCAUAUCAGUUCUAACUUUGAGUUGCUUGGAGACACAAAGAUUGGCUGCUGCUACUCUUCCUCAAGAUGAGGUGGAUGCUCUUAACCUAGUUGCUAAGAAGAUGGGAGCCACUAGCUGGAAUUUCAAUGCUGAUUCUUGUGGAGAUUAUCUUCCUCGAGUCCGACCGACGGAUCCUGAGAGGAACAUCACUUGUAACUGCAGAUUUGAGAACAAUACCUGCCAUAUUAUUUCCCUGAAGUUCAAGCGGUUUAACCUUGCAGGAGAACUUCCACCUGAACUCGUUCAGCUCCCUUAUCUUGAGAGCAUUGAUCUUUCUUACAAUUACCUGAAUGGGACUAUACCACGUGAAUGGGCUUCGUUGCAGCUGAAAUCGAUUGCUGUUCUUGCAAAUCGGUUAUCAGGGAGUAUUCCAAGCUAUUUGGGGAACUUUACCAGUCUAACAUACUUGGACCUUGAAUUAAAUCAAUUUUCUGGAAUGAUCCCGGUUGAGCUCGGGAAGUUAGUUAACCUUAAAACUUUUAUUCUUUCCUCGAACAAAUUGGAUGGAAAUUUGCCAAAGGAACUUGCUGAGCUGAAAAACCUGACUGACUUUCGGAUAAAUGAUAACAGCUUCAAUGGGAGUAUACCAGAAUUUAUACAAAACUGGAAGCAACUUAAAAGAUUCGAAAUGGUAGCUAGUGGACUGGAAGGACCCAUUCCAUCCUCCAUCUCUGCUUUGGAAACAUUAACAGACUUGAGGAUCGCUGACAUAAAUUUCACAAAUCAGUCAUUUCCUGAUCUUAGUAACGUAAUGGGCCUCUCACGGCUGUUGUUGAGGAAUUGCAAUAUUUCUGGAGAAAUUCCUCCAUACAUCUGGGAAAUGAGUAAACUGCGAAUUUUGGAUCUCAGUUUUAACACGUUACAUGGGAAGCUUCCAAGUGCCAUAACCACAGAGACACUGGUAUUUAUAGAUCUUUCCUAUAAUAAUUUCUCACAACAAAACUCUGGGCAGCCUGCUUGUCAGCAGAAAACGGAUGUAACCCUAAACUUGUUCCGAAGUGCUUCAAUGGGAAAUGACAUAGGAGGAGCAUGCAUGGAUGAUCUCACUUGUGAUAAAUACGGGCACUCUUUGUACGUUAAUUGUGGAGGACAAAAUGUCAAAAUAAAUGGCAGCACAUACGAAGGAGACGGAGCGGUUAGUGGUGGUGCUGCAAUGUUCUAUCAGAGUGAUGAAGAAUGGGGACUUAGCAGCACUGGAGACUUCAUGGAUGACAAUGAUUUCCAAAACAGUGCUUACACUGAAAACAUUCCAUCGUUAAAUAUUAAUGAAUUGUACCAAACAGCACGCAUUUCUCCUAUUUCACUUACUUAUUAUCGCCGCUGUCUGGAAAAUGGGAAUUACACCGUGAGACUACACUUUGCUGAGAUCAGAUUCACUAAUGAUAAUACAUAUAACAGCCUUGGAAGAAGGUUGUUUGAUGUCUAUAUUCAGAAUAAACUAGUUGAGAAGGAUUUUGAUAUAGAAGUUCAAGCUGCUGGGGUUGCCAAGCCAGUCACAAAAAUACACAAUGCUACUGUCACAAAUAAUAUCUUGGAGAUCCGCUUAUAUUGGGCUGGAAAAGGGACUAGAAGAAUUCCUGUUAGUGGAGUCUAUGGCCCCCUCAUAUCAGCUAUUUCUGUUGAUCCUAGUGAGAAAUUCUUGCCUUGUAUUCCGUCCUUUGAUUGCCAUGACGAAGCCAUGAAUGUGUAUCUUGCUUCAAGGACUGAACUGAAGAUAGUAUUUUUCAUGACUGCUGUGCAGGGUUUGUUACCUGAUGGUACUGUGAUUGCUGUGAAGCAGCUUUCUUCUAAGUCAAGUCAGGGAAAUCGUGAAUUUUUGAACGAGAUUGGCGUGAUUUCAUGUAUGCAGCACCCACAUCUUGCCUGCCAUUUAGAGCAAAAUGGAAACCUAAUUGAGCUAGUGGAUCAGAAGCUGGGAUCUGAAUUCAACAAGGUAGAAGCAGAAAGAAUGAUAAAAGUGGCUCUCUUGUGCGCGAAUGCUUCACCAGCACUAAGGCCAAUCAUGUCUGAAGUUGUUAGCAUGCUAGAUGGAACUAGGAUCAUACCUGAUGUGAUCCCUGAUCCAAAUAGUGAAGAUUUGAGGUUUAAGGCCAUAAGAGGACAUCGGGAACAUAUGAGAAGUAGUUUGAGAGCCAAUCAGAACUCUAGUUCGACCUUAGACAGAUUGGCCAACAGUAGUUCUUAUGUGUGUACGAAUGGUGAUCUAUAUGAAACUGAUACGGAGUCAAACUUGAGGUUUAACACGAGGAGCAAACGUUGUGAACAGCCGGAAAGCCCGAGCAAGGUUUCAACUUUAGUAUCGUCAGUAACAGCCUCUUCCUCAGCUUCUGCUCAUGAUCUUUUGAUAUCAAUAUAA